GCCUAAACGCGCUGGCUGGAUCGGCUCGUAUCCACAACUGAAAAUUUUUGCAGAGAUGACCCAGACAGUUCAGACCAACGGGGUUCAGCCCCUCAGUAAGACCUGGGAGCUGAGCCUGUACGAGCUACAGAGAACUCCACAGGCACAGGAGGCUAUAACAGACGGACUGGAGAUCGCUGUGUCGCCCAGGUCCCUGCACAGUGAACUGAUGUGUCCCAUCUGUCUGGACAUGUUGAAGAACACAAUGACGACCAAAGAAUGUCUGCACCGCUUCUGCGCCGAUUGUAUCAUCACAGCUUUGAGAUCUGGUAACAAAGAGUGUCCCACCUGUCGUAAGAAGCUGGUGUCCAAGAGGUCGCUGCGUCCAGACCCUAAUUUUGAUGCUCUAAUUAGUAAGAUUUAUCCCAGCCGCGACGAGUACGAAGCCCACCAGGAGAGAGUGUUAGCCCGCAUAAGCAAACACAACAACCAGCAAGCCCUGUCCCACAGCAUAGAGGAGGGGCUCAAGAUACAGGCUAUGACCAGGCUGCAGCGUGGUAAAAGACACACAGUGGAGAACGGAAGCGGAGCUGAAGACAACGGAGACUCUUCCCACUGUAGCAACGCCUCCGUCCACAGCAAUCAGGAGGCGGGUCCAAGCAUCAAGCGCACCAAGACGAGUGACGACAGCGGUCUGGACAUGGACAACGCUGCCGAGAACGGGGGAGGGGACUCUGUGAUUGACGGCGGCGCCAGCGAAAUAGAACUGGUUUUUCGGCCACAUCCCACCUUGAUGGAGAAGGACGACGGUCACAACAGUGUGGAGUUCGUCCCUCGCUACAUUAAGACAUCCGGGAACGCCACAGUGGAUCACCUGUCUAAAUACCUGGCUGUAAGAUUGGCUCUGGAGGAGCUGAGAAGAAAUGCUGAGGCUAGUCCUGUGAACGUGGAGGCAGCUUCAGAGAAACAGUACACCAUCUACAUCCCUACUGCUGGAAACCAGUUCACUGUCCUGAACGGUUCUUUCUCUCUGGAGCUGGUCAGUGAAAAGUACUGGAAGGUGAACAAACCCAUGGAGCUCUACUUUGCCCCUACUAAAGAACACAAGUAGACACAUAUAAACAAACACACUCAUACACACACACACACACACACACACACACACACACACACACACACAUACAUACACCUGUAGGAAGUACACGGUCGGACUUGGCAACACUUGUUACACACAUACAAGGAGGAAGAGGAGUGAAGUGUGUCUGAAGGAGAUGAGGAGGGGUUGGUUGAAACCCCCCAAAAGGACUCUUGUAAAAAGAAAAAAAACUUUGUUUUAUAUUCUCUGUAUCUUUCUGUGUCUCUUUCUAUCUUUUCUCUGUAGCAGGUAGCAGAUCAGUACAGCAGCCACAACUAAGAGUUAACAGACUGCUAGCAGCGGUUGUAGAUUCUCUCCAGAUCUGAAAACAAGGGAUUAUUCAUGUCACGUCUGAAUCAGCACCAUGCUGUUCUCCAAGUUAAAAAAAACAAGUAUUAUACUGUAUUUUCCUCCAGCAAAGGCCCCUUUUACACUGUGAGAUUUUACUUUGUCCCAAAACAAAAAAGUCCACAACUGUGAGAGAAACAUGAGGAAGUCUUUGUCUCAAAUUCUUUUUCCCGCCACAUUAAAACAAGCUGCUCUGAUUCAAUUGCUGUGAAAGUGAAUGUACAAUGUGAUUUAAAAAAAAAAAAAAAAAAAAAGAAGGAGGAAAAAAAAAAAGUCCCUGGCUGAGCUGAAUCUAACAGACACAUCUCAUAUCAUCAUCAGUGUAGUUACUACAUGACUGGACAAACAGAAAACAGUCAACUCCCUCAUUAUAAAACAUGUUGAUUUUGCUGUGUGAUGUAGCGCUUCUGUUAGUUCUCCCUCAAGCUUAAUAAUAUCAUAUUUCAUCAAAUGUCAUAAUUUCCUCCUGAUGAUACAUGUAAAGUGCCAUUUUGUAACAUUAAAAAAAACAGUCCCAGCCUUAUGAGUAUGUUUCCAUUCAUCACACAGUCAGAACGCAGGAUUUCAUGAGUGUGACUUCUUGCUGGUAUCACACAGUGUAUAAGGGCUCUGAAUCCUAAAUUGGUUAAAAAAGAAAAAGUGUGCAUUCAC